CGCAGCACCGCAGGCACUGAAUUAAAGCCCUGUGUAGGUCUCACUGCUUCUUGACCAUGAUUAGAAGACCACCUACGCUAAUUCCUAUGACUGACAAUGACGUGCAAGACGUCAGGGAUAUGGUCGCUCAACAAAGGGCUGAAGUUGCGUAUGAAAAAGAGAUGGCAGAAAAGUUGAAGAAACUGGCAGACACGCCAGAAGUGCAACCAGAUGACUUCGCGAUGCUCGAACAGCUAAAGCAGGUGCGGGAUAAGCAAAUCGAGAAGGAGAAACGGCUAGGACUACAAUCUUGAGCAACAUCUAUGAAAGGAAGGCACGUUUGUAAACUGAAGGGUCUGGAUGUAGAUGCGUCAUGGCUGUAAACAACAUUUGAGAUCGUGAAUCUACAGAGCAGCCCCAGUCCACACUACAUUGAAAUCGUGUUCAAUCCCUUUCGGAAUGCUAUCGAGCAUUUUAGACUAUAGUAAUGUAAUUCUGGUAUGAAUUCCUACCUUGAAAGUCUUGACGGUCACAUACUCCCGCGAGAUCCGUUCUUUCCAUGUGCAAACACGCUGUUUUCAAGCUAUCCCAAAGAGUAGAGGAAGUAAUUCCACGAGCGUCGUUCAUACCCUCGUCGUCAUGUAUAUUGUCCGCAUCCUGGAGUGACAAUGCAUUGAAUAUAUGGUGUGCAGCUUCCGCAUAUCUCUGAAAAAGAGUUACCCUGGGCAACUAAGAGAAACGAACACAUGACACUCAC